CAUACUUGAUACUACAUGUAUAAUUUUAUAUAGAUAUAUAGUUGAUCAACAUAUACAAAUGGCAAAUCUUCCUCCACGUAAGAAAUCUGCUUCUUGUAAAAUAUCUAAACAAGAUGCCAAUCCUCUUCAAAUACUAUUGCAAAUGGGAUUUCCGAAAAAACGAGCCUUGAAAGCUUUGGCCGCAACCGGAAAUCGUAGUGUUCAGUUAGCGUCUGACUGGCUUCUCACUCAUGUUAAUGACGCCUAUAUUGACGCUGACGAGCCUCGAGAGUUCAUAUUAUAUGCAAUUCCAACUGGCCCUUUGUUCACCCAGCUUCAUGACUUUUGGGAAAAAUCUAAGCAAACUGGAUGGAAUGGAGCACACAACUUUCCACCCCAUAUUACACUCGUACCAUCUUUUAAGGCUGCAGAUGAUAUAUCUCUACAGUUAGGGAAAGCAGUCAAGCAGGUUAUAGAGACCGUAGGAAAACCACCAGUCUGCCCAAUAAAAUUAGAACCCUAUAUUUCACCCAACUUUAUGGGUCUAUUCAUAUCCGAAGAGCAUGAAGAUUAUUUAAAAAAGAUUUCAUUACAAUACGCCAAGCAAUUAUCAGCUAUCUUGGGUGUUAAGGUGGAUACUAAUGAGCUAUUGAAAAAUUUUAUAAAUCCUGAAGAUCUUUCUAAGAAAUUGCCAAAUGUUGAGGCGCAGGACAAGUCUCUCCACAUAACAUUGGCUUACCAUUUCGAUGUGAAUGCUUACGAUGCUCUUAAGGCCCUUGUUGACAAGCUUGAUCUGAGUCAAAUGCAGACUCCAGCUUGGGAGCUCCGACUUUACUCGAGGGAUCCAAGAUUUACUAACCACCAGGUAUAUAAAGUUACCCAAAGCUACGUGCCAGAGGCCAGUGACGAAUUGGAGUUGGUGCUCGGCGAUUACAUUUACAUCGAAGAGAAGCAGUUUGAUACAUCGCUCGACGGCUGGGUGUAUGGUACAUCUUGGCUCACAGGCGUGAGCGGACACCUGCCCGCCGUGUGCGCGCGCCGCACGCCCGACUCGGACGCGUGGACGCUGCAUCGCGCUAUUUCCUUGGCGACCGGCAGCGGCGGUGAUAAAUCUGAGUCGGACUCUAAUACUGACGUGGAGAUGGCGACGAGUUACCCGCACGAGGACGCCGAAAAGCUCGCCUUGGAUAAGUCUGAAGAGGUUUAUAAGACUUGGGAGACUUAUUGGAAAGCAGCAACUCUUAAUGAAACGGAGAAUAUCUUACAAAUGACACAAGGUUCUUCCGAUAAAGAUGCAAACAAUGCAUCCAAUGAAGAAAAUUGCGACACAUAUGUCAGCAAGAACGAAGUAAAGCAGACGCAUGAGAGCGCGGACACGGAGCGUCGCUGGCUGUUCGCUCUUCGACACGGGGAGCGCAUCGACCUCACGUACGGCUCGUGGGUGCCGUACUGCUUCGACGAAAACGGCACUUACACCCGCAAGGAUCUCAAUAUGCCCGUAACGUUGCCGGAUAGGGCGGGCGGCGCGCAGUCGUACCAGCGGGACACGCCGCUGACGCGCGUGGGCGAGCUGCAGGCGCGGCUGGUGGGCGAGGGGCUGCGCGCGGCCGGCGUGCGCCUGCAGCGCGUGUUCGCGUCCGCCGCGCUGCGCUGCGUGCAGACCGCGCACCACGUGCUGCAGGGUCUGCAAGCCGAUCCUUCUGUGAAGAUAAGAGUUGAGCCCGGAUUGUUCGAGUUUAAGUUGUGGCAUAUGACGAAGGGAUUGGGGCCCUUUAUGACGCCGUUGGAGCUGCAUAGAGCCGGUUUUAAUGUUGACCUCGACUACAAACCGUACGUCGAAUUGGAUACAAAUAGCACGGAAACGAUGCAAGAGUUUUACGAACGGAAUGCAUAUGUAAUUCAAUCUGUUGCUAAGGACAAAGAACUAGAAGGUGACAAUAUUAUGUUCGUCGGUCAUGCGACAACGUUGGAUAUAAUGGUGAAAGCGUUAAAACGCCUCAAGGUUGAUAAGAAGGAGUUUCCUCCCUACCAGCUGUGCAACUUCCUGAUGCGCGUGCCGUACUGCGCGCUGGGCGCCAUGCGCGAUCGCCCCCUGCAGGUGACGUCACCACCCUGCCCGCCCUCCAUCAACUCCAGCUCGGGACGGUUUGACUGGAAGCUGCUUGUGGAUGUAGAAAAUGAAAUUUAAUAAAACAACCGAUAACCAAUUUCGAGACAUGCGAGUCCUCUCGGAAUUAUAUCAAUUAAAAUGUUUAUUAAUUUGCCAUUUAUUAAUAGUAAAACUAAAUUUAAUGAAAAAGUGAAAAAUAUAUUAUAGUCGUAGUUUUCUUUAUUAAGGACAAGCCAUAUGAAGAUAGUGAUGAGCUGAAUUAUUACUUAAACAAAAUAAGAAAUACGUACAAAAAAUUACGAGAUAAUUAAAUAGUUUUCAGCGUUUUAAAAUACAUAUUUAAAAGAAUUAUGAAUAAAAACUGAAUAUCUGAAGUGUUUAAUAAUGAUUAAAAUCUUAAAAUUAUGUCAAAAAACAGAUAAGACUGCUUAAAAUGUUAUAAUUUGUCAUAUGAUUUAGUUUUAUAAAUCUAUUAAAUGUUCAGUAAGUUUUUGUUAAUUAGUCAUGACUUAAGAUCUAUUAAUAUGAUAUAUUUUAUGAUGUUUAUAGCUUAUGUUGAAUUACUCAUUCUUUUCUUAAUAAUUGUUCAACUAUAACAAAUUUAAAUCAACAAUAAAUAUGGGUCAAGUUGAUUAAAAUUGAUGUCUGUUUAUUUCCUAUGUUGUGGUUAGUUCGCGAUGAUCGUUUUAUAAUUUAUCGGAGACAGUUUAAUUAUUAAUUCAAUUAUUUGCUAUAAUAUAAAAUGUGCAUGUAUGUAUCUAUGUUUAUUUUAAUUUUAUUAUUUAAUUUAAAAAUAGUUGAUGUUUUUUUUUAUAACUACCUCAUUACGAAAGUGUGCUAAUUCUGUUGUAAACUAUAUAUUAAUUUUGACAUGCAAGGCUUGUUAUCUCUUUCUAUUUGAUAGGAACAUAAGAAGGAAAUGGCAAUAUAUUAAGUCCUGUCGAUUUGUCAGUUUCAUUAGAAGUAGUGUUCAACAGAAUUGGCAAUAUUGCUUCUUUUAUAUAUAAUUUUUAAUAUAAAUGAUUGUGAGUACAGUAAUAAGUGAUGUAUAUUUAUCUUAAUAAAAUUAUUUUUUGUACUGGAA